GAGUUGUUCUCGCAAAGGUCUCUGGGAAUUGUAGUCACCAGAGCCAUGAGUAGCAAAAGAAGGCAGGGGGCAGAUGGUGACCCAAGUAGCAAGAAGGGUAAACGGGAGGUGAAGGCAGAGCUGUCCUGGAAUCUGACAGACAAGGCUGGGAGGGAUGCAGCACGGAAAGCAUGGGAGAAGAAGGAGACAGGGCAGUAUGGUUCGGUUACGUUGGAUUCAGUCCCGUUCCCGCACUGCGUGAUCCAACCGUUUGUCCAAAGCUCAUCAUUCCUAGAGGAACUGAAAGAAGAACUGCUGGGAUUAAAGUUCAAAGAAAAAUCCAAUGACCUUUACAAGUUCAGACAGUCAGAGGAUCUGAAGAAGCGGAAGGAGCCACAUAUCAGGGCGUUGAGACAGGUGCUGUUUGAGGACUUCCGUGAGUGGCUUUCUGAGGUUACUAACGUGAAGCUGGAGAAGACGGUUGACAUGUCCUGUGCACGGUAUGACUACACAGAUACUCUGCUGUGUCACGAUGAUGAGCUAGAAGGAAGGAGAUUUGCUUUUAUUCUGUACCUGGUUCCUGAAUGGGCCGAGGCAGAUGGUGGAUCCCUUGAUUUGUACGGCACAGAUGAAUGCAUACAGCCUGGACCCAUCGUAAAGUCUCUGAUUCCCCAGUGGAACUCACUGGUUUUCUUUGAGGUGUCUCCAGUUUCAUUCCAUCAGGUAUCGGAGGUGCUGUGUGAGGGAAAAUGCCGUCUGUCCGUCAGCGGUUGGUUUUAUGGACCCUCUUUGGAAAGGCCUCCUCUGUCCCUUGACCCAAUACCUCUCCGCAGUCCCCACAUACCACAUGAUCAUGAGAUCUUGUAUGAGUGGGUGAACCCGGUUUAUCUGUCUGUCGACUCUCAGGCUCAGAUUCAAGAGGAGUUUGAGGAAAGAUCUGAGAUGCUCCUGAAAAACUUCCUUCAGGAAAAUAAGUUCAACGAAGUGUGUGCAGCUCUUGAGAGUCAGAAUAUCAAGUGGGAGAAGCUUGGUCAUCCAAACCGAAGAUGUUAUGAAAGAGCUGCUGCUGAUCUCCCAGAAGUGAUCAGUAACUGCAUGGAACUGCUCGGGUCAGAAGCUUUCUUCCUGCUGCUCUCCAACCUCACUGGACUUAAGCUGCAUUUCUUGUCUGGAAAUGAUGAUGAUGAUUCUGAUGAAGAGGAAGGACCUGGACCAUCCACGAGCAACGGUACAACAUCCUCAGACUCUGAAGCCAGAGCUGUACAGCCUAAGAACAAUUUGGAAGAAAGUGAGAAGGUUCCUCUGUGCAGCGGAGAACUACGGCAUUGGCGUCACGGUCACUACACCUUGAUUCACGACCACGACCCGGAACGCUAUGAAUUUGCACUGGACCUGCUGCUCUUCUUUGGGUGUGAUGACUGGCAAGAAGAGUAUGGAGGAUUCACUUCUUAUAUUGCAAAGGAAGAAGAUGAGGAGCUCCUCACUGUAUAUCCAGAGAACAAUUGUCUAGCCUUGGUCUACAGAGAUAAAGAAACCAUGCGGUUCGUAAAACAUGUCAACCACAAGAGUCUGCAGAGAGAUGCCAGCCACCCAAGCUGCAAGGGAUUCUGGGACUUUUCAUUUGCCUAUCACGAAUGACAUCACUGCGUUUUUAGGUUCUGUGCUUCAAAAUGGGAUUGCAUAAGUGUGUUAAGAGAGAGAACUUGCAUUCAAGUCGAUACAGCAGAGUAGGUGGAACUACGCUUAAUCUUAAACUCUUUUGCCCAAGAACAUGCGCUGCUUGGGGUGUAUACGAUUAUUUGAAAUGAUACACGUAACAAUGGAAAGACUCCCUCUUGCACAGUUUUCUAAAUAAAACAAAGUUACCUGUU